UGACAGUAUAGGGUAUAAUUGUGACGUAUUUCUUUCUUUUUGUUAAUAUGUUCAUUAGAUUAGAAGCAAAUGUUGCUUAAAAAUGUGGACAGCUAGGAUUACAACAUUUAAAGUAAAUGUUUUAAUUCAAUGAUGUUUGAUAAUUGCUUUAGAACUUAAAACGAAAAUGUUUACGAUUCUGGUAUUUUUUAUGAAUGAGGUCCAUUUAUUAUUUUAAAAAAUGAAGACAAAAACGAUUAAGACUGUUUAUCAGCUCUGGUUUUAUAAUAGUUUAUGUUAUCAAGCAGAACAGGCGUAAUUUUUGACUGAUUUUGAUAAACAAGGUUUCAUUCUAAAAACGAAGAUUUAAUCUAUUAAUCCUAUUUUUCGAAUUUUUUAAUUUUAUUUCCUUUGAAAAAAAUCGUGUUAAAAAAUGGUAUUUUUUCGAGAAUGGUUUAUUUACAUUAAAGUAUUUUCAAAAAUUCGAAAAAUAGAGUGAACAGAUUAAACCUUCAUUUAAAACGUAACUUUUAUGAGACGCAUGGUUAUCAAGAAAAGAUACACAUAUGAAAGACUGAAAAGUAUUAGUUCACAGUACUAACACUAUUUAUUUUAAUCCUCAUGACACCAUUGUUAUACGCACAAGAGUAGAAUAAGCUUAUACACUUAUACGAUGAAUACAUGGUGGAGACAGCAUCCCGCUCGUAUUCGUAAUUCGUAUUUUAUCCAUAUCUGAAUGAAGUCAUAUCCAUUUCGAAAGAAAGGUGAUGAACAGCCUUAAAUGUUAUCGAUGCGAUUAUGGUAUGAAUUUAUAAAAUAUUAUAAAUUAUAAAGUAUUUUUAUAAUAUUCAUGAAGUAUAUAUUUAAAUUAUAUAUAAUUAUUAAGAUUUUGUUUUAUCGAAAAAUUUAAGAAAAUUGAUUUAUUUUGAUAUUUACUUGAAUUUAUGAUUGACCAGGUGUAAUGGUGAUAUUUUAGAUUUGGCAUUAUAUUAACAAACUUGAUUUUUAUUACUUAUCUAAGUAUGAAAUAUUAUGUCCUACUUUAAAAACAAUUUAUAUUAAUUAUAUGAAACGUUUAUGCAUUUCUCAAUUAAUUUAGUAUAUCCAUAUGUGUACAUUAAUAUAAGAAUCAAUAAGAUGUUUUCCUGUCCAUAAAAGGAAAUCAUUCGGUAUUCAUAACACUUUUGUUAAUUUUGAGAAUAAAAUAAGACAUUUUGACUGUUAGAAGCAACUUUUAAUAUCAAUUGUUAUGUUAAUAUCUUACAUAAUAAAUUUUCAAUUUUUAAUUACACAUUUUAGCAACCUGUAAUGUGCUUAAUACUCUCAAGACUUUAUGGUCGAAAAGAUUUGGAGAAGUUGAUGACAAGUUAGGAUAAAGAUGUUAUCAUUACUAAUAAUGGAGCUAUAAUUUUGAAGUAUAUAGGUUAAAAUAAAGUUUCAAAAUUAUUCAGUAGGUUCAAUUUCUUGGAUUGGAUUAAUUUUAUUAACUGGUGCUUUGUUAGAAACUGAAUAAUCAUUAUAUAAAGCAAUACAUAUAAUAAGAAUAAUAAAUGUAUUUGAAAUGGCUACUAAAUGUAUCACGGAUGAUUUUAAAAGAAUUAUAUACAAGUUUUCAAAACACAUGAAAAAUUUAGAAUCUUACAUCAAGAUUGAUAUGACGUCUCUGGACUUUAAGAUUAUCAAUAAGUGCUAUGAACAAAUUGCAGAAAUUGCAGUAAAUGCUAUAUUAGUAGUUUAUGAUCAUGUUACAUGGAAUAUUAAUUUUCAAUUAAUAAGAAUAGAAGGAAAAGUUGAUGGAAAAUAUUGUAUUAGGUGAUAUCUUAAAUUAUUCCCAAGGAAAUGGCUUAAGAGAAGAUUUAGUUGUGUUUGUCUGAUGUCGUAGGUAAUAUUUAUGUGGUCUAAUUUAUGGUAACAAGUAGAAUUUCACAUAUGUUUUUUUAUAUAUCUUACUAACCAGACUGCUUGAAAAUAUGUAAGUUUAAGAAGGUUCAAUUAACAAUAAAACCAGGUAUUUUCGCUUUAUUGAC